CCAGAGAAGCAAUCUUCACGCACAGGGCCAGCCAGCAGACGGAGUGGAUCCCAUCCAGGCAGGUGACCCGAGGCCUGACCCCACAAGAUGCCAAGAGGAGAGGCUCACUACAUCUAUGGUUCCCCCAAGAAGGGGCACGGCUACUCCUACGUCACAGCUGAAGAGGCUGCAGGGAUUGGCAUCCUGAUGGUGAUCCUGGGAAUCUUACUGCUCAUCAGCUGCUGGUAUUGUAGAAGACGAAGUGGAUACAGAAGCUUGAAGGACAAAAGCAUUCAUGCUCGUACUCAAAGUACCUUAACAGGAAGAUGUUCACGUGAGGGGCUUGGUCACCAGGACGCCAAACUUCCUUUUCAAGAGAACAAUUGUGAACCUGUGGUUCCCAACGCUCCACCUGCCUAUGAGAAACUCUCCACAGAACAGUCACCACCACCUUACUCUCCGUGA